GUCCGACCGGCUCUUCCAGAAAACCAGUUCAUGCGUUGUUGCCACUUCGCCACUCCUUGCCGUCGGGUGGCCGGUCACGAACUUAGACGCAGGCUCAACAUGGCACCAUUGGCCUGAGUGGGUGCUUGGUGCACCACACAACAGCGGGUCUACCCGAUGGAGGCCCCACAGCAGGGCAGAAGAAGCAGUUCUUCAAGGGACUGUUGCACCUGCUGCAGUUGUGGAAACUGCAGCGCAGUUGUGCUCUGCGUAUUUGCAUCUGUGUUGGUGGUUGGAGGCAUCUUCUUGGCUUUCCAUUACUGGGACUACAAAUGGCUGGUAGUAACAGCUAUUGGAGCAGUGCUUGUGCUCAUUGGGGCAGCUGCACCCUUUUGCAAACAACAUGACAGGCGGCGCAGUAGAAUCCAGAAGAAUGCUUCAAGAGCCACAAAUGGGCACAGGCAAAGAGAAGAAGAGCCACUGCCUUCCGCCCCUCCCCUCAGCAGUGUGUUCUCGGUGAGCCAGAUGUCACUCAAUAUGAUGCCCCCGUUCUACGGAAGCGGGGACGAUACUUCUCGAGACAACACGGGAGUGGCUCUCAAUCACAUAGUCAACAUUGACGGCCAGAGCUACCUUCUGCUCCCAAUUGUGUCACCCACUUCAGGGAACAAUACGAGCAACUGCGCAGAGGCAAGUCGACGCUUCUCCACAGCGCUCACUUCCCUCAGCGGGCAAGCGCUACAGGUCGACUUGCCGGCCAAACGAGACUGCCAACUACAAACUGAACCGCCUCAAACGCCAACCCCGGUAGUCCAGGAUCUCCUUUUACAAACUCACGAGGAACGUCAGAGCACCGCUCCCGCGGAAGCCAAUACGACGGAACCGGCCAGGUUGACGCAGACGACGACGACGAUCGAUCUCACGGCCACACCCUCAGCCAGCAGCCGCAUCUCGGCUGACAGCCAAGUCCCUCUGAUUCGACUCGAAUCUGUGGUGUCUGACGGCGACACAGAUUCGUCGGCGAGGGAGGUAACGAGCGAGAACAUUCCGACAACGAGCGCUGGUGACUGUUGGAUUGAAACCGGUGGCAGUGACGUGGAGGAUAGCCAAAGCCUCGUGGAGGCUGUGCCGCCACCGAGUUACGAGGAAGUGACUAAGGACACGACUGUCCGGGACGUUGCAGUGACCGUGUCCGCAAUUCCAUCCUACGAGACCUUGUGAUACCCGAGUGAGCUCUCGGGGAUGAACGUCAGCGCUCCUCUUGCGGAUGUGUGCGCGUCGAGUGAUAUAAAUAGUGACGCGCAGUGACAGUCAGGGUUUUUAAUAUUCCAAGUGCCUUUCCGGUGUCAUGGGACCAUGUUAACAAAGAGACUCUUCUCUUUCAACCGUCUUCCGUUUUUUUUUUGUUUUUUUUUAGAAAUGCAAGAAGGGUAGACGACGACUGCUUCCAGUUGUGCAGUGUGACAUGCUAUUUUUAUGUGACACCUUUGGAAAUAUACAUGUUUCCUCAAGUA